AUGCGCAGAGACCGGGUGAAGAAUGGAGAUGAGCCCGGCUCCUCGGGGUCCAACACGUCCUCAGACGUGGAGAUGCAGAGGCAGAGCAUCGAUUUCCAGGUUUUGGCUCGAGUCGGAAUCAUGCUAGGCGAUCGCACAGCACUGGAUGCAACGCAGUUUCGUGACUUCGUCGAGCGUGAUCCAGAUUCCUUCGAGGUAGCCAUCAAGCUUUUCAGGAUGCAGAUGGUCAUGGCCCAAGCCCAGGAUGAACGUGAGUCCACCCCGCCUGGUGCUAGUGAUUGUGAUCCAGCUGACCGGAUG